CAGGGCGCGUGCGACGUGGCUGGCUGUUCAGGAAUUUAAACGCAGCGACUUUCCUGAUCUUGUUCAGAAACUUUUGGACUGUUUUGGGUUAUUUAUGUCUCCGCAACGUCAUUUAAUUCAUACUCUAUGGAGUAAAAGACAGUAACCUAUAACAUGCAAUGGAGCAUCGGGACAAAAGACUCGAAUGUUCCGAUACCGAAAAUGAUACCUGACAGCUCACGGUCGCGCGCUGGCUAUUAGCCAUACCAAUUUCCGAAAGGAAGAAGUUGCCUUUAAAAACAGACGGGAAUGUAAUAUCUGCCUUGACCUUCAUUUAUUGUAGUCCAUCAUGAAGAAAAGGUCAAAUCGAACUCGAGAUAAGGAUGACUCUCUGUGCUGCUGUGAAUAUGUGGAUCGUCAUGGUGGGCGCAGCCACAUGGCAGGAUGCUGUUGUGACUGUGAAGACCUGGACGAGGCCUGUGACAGGUGGAUGAAGAAGGAGCCUCAAAAACCAGACUCUCUAUCUCGGGUGGUGGACACUAUUAAUGAUCGUCUACGGGUGCCCUGGAUCUCAGGGGCCAGACAAGUUGACCUCUCAUUAAUCCCUCCCCUUAUACUGCUUCCUGUUUUUUUGCACAUUGCAGCUUUGCACUACCUGCUUGGUAUUGUAGUUCUAACAGCAUUACCUGUUGUGGUUCUUUGGUACUACUACUUCACCCACCGAAAAAAAGGCCGCACUCUAUUCUUCCUUAGCCUUGCCCUCUUCUCCCUUUUCUACAUGUUCUACCUCUUCCUGACUGAAGUCGUCCCUCGAGGUUAUGUAAAUCAUCUUCAGUUAGGUGCUGUGAUAACAGGGGUUGCUCUCACAGUCAUUUCCCUUAUAAACACAAAGAGGGGACCAGGCUAUGUCAGGCCACACCCCAUUGACACUCAUAGUACAGUGACCUAUCACAGCCCACCUCCUGAUAUUGAUGCCACUUAUCUAAAUGGCGCACGGCACCAGGUGGUGAUAGCCAAUCGUGCAAGUCCUCCUGAACAAAAUGUGGAAUAUGGAACAGGACAGAAUAGUGUGGAACAGAGGAAGAACUGGUGUGUGGUUUGCAAAGUGGUGCGCCCCCCGAGAGCUGGACACUGCAGGGUCUGUGGUGUCUGCAUCCUGCGUCUGGACCACCAUUGUGUCUGGAUCAACAGCUGUGUGGGACAGGCCAAUCACUGCAGUUUCCUUCUGACGCUUGUUUUCUUUCUGUUGACGUCACUGUAUGGGAUCGGGUUGGUUCUUCGAAGUGUUUGUCCACACCAGAGUGUGAUGAUUGCCUUGUUCUACUGUCCUGAUGUCUACGACCAGUACAGUUCUGCUCUGUGUUUCACCUGUGCCUGGUACAGCAGUAUUGUGACUGGAGGUUUGCUGCACCUACUGGUAUUACAGCUUAUAAAUGUCAGCUACAAUGUGACCGAACGGGAGGCACGUCUCGCUCUGAGACAGAAAACUGGACGCAGCCUGCUGUGGGGCCUGAUCAUCGACACUGGCGUUUACUCACGAGGGUUCCGUAGUAACUGGACUGAAUUCUUGACCUUGGGCAAGGCUUUGGAACCACUAACCCCUAAACCAACAGACUUGGUGUAGAAAUUCAAUUAUACACCAGUCUCUGGAAGUCUCUGUUAAAAGAUAGUAAAAUGUUGUGCUACUUAAUGCCUUUAACUGCUGUCAGGUUUAUGGUUCUGAUAAUAAUGAUGAAGAUCUCAACAAUGGUCAUGAUCCAGUUUACUGCAAAGUAGUCAUGGGAGUGGUGGAGACUGCCUUUGUGGACCACAAGAUGGCAGUGUUGUUGUGUGCUACAUCUCUACAAUUGUAUUUCAACAUCCAUCAUUACUCAGGUGUGGUUCAGCCAAGAGGCUAAGUGGGAAAAGCCAUAUGACAUGAUAUCACAAUAAAUCACUAAAUGCUGUGUUUUUAUGAUUGAUGAUUAAAGUGGCAGUGUGUAAUUUAUGUGCCAUUAGCGUCACUGAAUGAAAUUUCAAAAAUAAUGAUUGUUGUCAAACUCCCCUCUUCUUCCAUUGGAUGGACAAACAGAUAGCUCCGCCCCAAACCCAUGCUAUUGGUUGAGCCAGUGCUGCUUUGUCUGGCUGGUUGAGAUGCUCAAACAAACAGAACAAUGUCUUGAUUGCUCCACAAUGUUUACAACAUAAAUAUGGAUUUCUUAUAGUUAAGAGGGGAUAGUAGAAAGUAUUUAAACUUUGAAAAAAGUUGUUUGUAUUUACUGAUCGUUGGAUCAAUUUUUUAUUGCACUUUUGUCUAAUAUUUGUUCUCUCGACUCCAAAAUGUACUCUUAUAAUUAUGUAUGUGAAUGCACAUUCAUUAUCAAACCUUAUUUAGUGCCUUCAUGAGACAUCAGAAGUAAUGAGAGAUUAUCUACAGUAUAUCCAGACAACAUAACUUUACAACUCUAAUCUCAGCCUAAUAAGCAUAAUGUUUGUUGCUUGAGGUCAGUCUCUGUGGGUAUGCUUUGUUCAUGUUCUUUAACUGGGGACAAAUUUGUGCUGCUUAACAUCCUGCUAUGUUUCAAUGUGCAAGAAUUAGUUGUAUAUCUUUGAAUCAAAGCAGGUUUAAUUUCAUUUCAUUUAAUGCCUCCUUUUGUACAGAAUCAUUCACAGAAAAAAAUACCAAGGCACUCCAAAAUCCCGAUGUUUUUUUUGUUUUGUUUCCAUCAUGCACUGCUUUGUGAGCCAAUUCUUCAUGGUAAUGCACUUCGCUCAUUAUGUUGUGCUAUUAAACUAGAUCAUAAAAAAUAAACAAGCAUAUAAAGAGUAAACAUGGAUGCUCAUCAAAAUUGCACAUCUGUUUUCAAUGUCUAGUAUGUAAAGCUUGAUAGUUG